AUGUUGCACAGACUCAGAGUGGGAAGUAUUGGAUGGCGUCAUCGGAAUUCUCCCUCCUAUAAAUACACCAGCUCCUAUCUCCCCUCCCAUCACAUCUUCCCCAAGUGUCUCUCCACAAUGUCUUCCUCCACCAAGCCCAUCUUGUUGUACACUUUUCCUACUCCCAACGGGGUGCAGGUCUCAACCUACCUCGAGGAAUUGAAAGCCAUCAACCCCUCGGUUGACUAUGAUUUCGAGAAAAUCGACAUUGGCCAGAAUACACAGAAGGAACUCUGGUUCAUCAAGCUGAACCCCAAUGGCCGCAUUCCCACUAUUAUCGAUCGUUCACGCAACAACUUCGCCGUCUUCGAGACGGCUGCCAUCAACCUCUACCUAGCGCAGCACUAUGACAAGGACCACGUUUUUUGGUUUGAUCCAGCGAAAGAGCCAGACAAUUAUAGCGAAAUGCUUCAGUGGAUUUUCUUUGCCCAUGGUGGCGUGGGCCCUAUGCAAGGUCAAGCCAAUCACUUCAACAAGUUUGCACCAGAAGACAUCCCAUACGCCAAGAAGCGCUAUACUGAGGAGACUAAAAGGCUGUUUAGCGUUCUUGAAAUUCGCCUCAAGGACCGUGAUUACCUUGCAGGCUCUGGCCGAGGUAAAUACAAUCUCGCUGAUAUCAAAGCCUUCCCUUGGGUAAGGAUCCAUUCCUUCUCGGGCAUUGAAAGUCUUGAUGAGUGGCCAAAUGUGAAGGCCUGGGUCGCACGCUGCGAAGCGAGGCCUGCUUCUCAAGUUGGACUGCAAAUUGGAAAGUAG